AUGUGCCAAUACUACGCUCACGCCUUCACCUGCAAGCAUAGCAGCUACACAUUCGCGCGCUUCUGUCAACCCGCGAGCUUGAUACAGAAACCCUGUAGCAAACGCCAGGUCUGGCAGACGAUUCGUCUCGACGAUGCCUGCGAAGAGUGUCUGACCUGGUUCCCGGACCGGUACCCUUGCCGCCGGCCCCGGUAUCAGUGA